AUGAGAUUGAUAUUUGCAACUACACUACUGGCAACCGCCGCAGCCGCCAACAAUGUUGUCAACGAGACUACAUGUGGCGGUACGACCUAUCAAUAUACCGGCCUAGAAGGAUUUGGCUUCAUCCCUUCAAAUCUGACAGAUAAAUACGGUGAUACAAUUGGAGGUACUGGCAGCUCUAUCGCUAUUGAUCAGGCUUCCUGGCAAAAGACCCCUCAAGGCGCAUACUCUGGUAUUCUCUUCUCAGCCCCAGAUCGCGGUUGGAAUACAAAUGGCACAAUCAACUAUCAGAAUCGUAUUCAGAAGUUCCAAAUUUCUCUCAAAUUGGCUUCCAAUGCCUCAGCCGAGAACCCAUCUAAGCCAAAUCUACGCCUCAAAUACCUUGACACCAUUCUCCUAAAAGGACCAGACGGCGAACCAGUCACCAGUCUCGACGCCGACGUCACGGGUAACCUCUCUUAUCCAGGAUUCCCCCCUCUCCCCGUUGCAACCUAUACAGGCGAUGGAUUCGGAGGUUCCGGUCCAGGAGGGAGACGACUCUCCCUCGAUUCAGAGGGAUUAGCACUUGCAUCCGACGGCGGCUUCUGGAUCUCAGAUGAAUACGGACCCUACAUCUAUAAGUUCAGCUCAAAGGGUCUAAUGGAACACGCUAUCCAACCACCUGAAGCAUUCCUACCACGUCGUAACGGUUCUCUAAGCUUUAACUCGAACACCCCGCCUAUUUAUGAUCCUUCCGCUGUGCCUAAUCCCAUCAACACAGAGACUGGACGCGACAAUAACCAGGGUUUUGAGGGUGUGACAAUUUCCGCAGACGGAAAGACACUGUAUACACUUAUCCAGUCUGCGCUUGAUCAGGAGGGUGGACCGAAUAUUCAACAUACGCGCAAUGCUCGUCUACUCGCUUAUGACAUCUCGGGUAGAACACCAGAAUAUGUCCAUGAGUGGGUUGUUCAACUUCCGAAGUAUCGUGAUUACACAGAGACCGAUCCAAGUAAGGAGUGGAAGAUUGCAGCGCAGUCUGAGAUUCACCAGCUUCCUACGGGUGACUUUCUAGUUUUAGCUCGUGACGCUGGCUUUGGUCGGGGACAGAGCGAGACUAGAUCUAUUUAUCGACAUGCGGAUGUCUUUUCUGUGUUGAAUACGAAGUCUGUUUCGGAUAUCAAGGGGCAGAAAGAUUAUGAUACGCCUUCUGGUGCUAUUGCUUCGUCUGAUGGUUUUUUGAAAUCGGAGAUCACGCCGGCUGAGUAUUGUUCUUUCGUGGACUAUAAUGUUAACUCUGAGCUUGCGAAAUUUGGUCUUCAUAACGGUGGCCUUCCGGAUAGAAGUCUGUUGAAUGAGAAGUGGGAAAGUCUUUCUCUUGUUCCUGUCAAUCCGGGAAAUGACGACAAUGAAUAUUUCUUAUUCAGUAUGAGUGAUAAUGACUUUAUGACUCAGGAUGGGCACAUGAAUGGUGGGAAGCUUCACUAUAAGGAUACAUCUGGGUAUAGCCUCGACAGCCAGGUUCUGGUUUUCAAGGUCCAGUUUUAA